GAUGUGGCCCCACCUCCUUCCUUCAGCCCCUCAGCUGGGGUGGGAGGGAGUGGCCUGGAUGGGAGCCACGGUCACCAGCAGCAUUGCCAGGACACAGAGGAUGGCCUUUGUUGCUGUCAACAAUGGCCUCACAGGACUUUUAGGCAAGAGCACCCAGGAACCCAGAGGCAGACAUGCAGACCCUGAGGCAGGAGGCUCUCCAGCCCUAUGUCCCCCAGGGGACCCUUGAAGAGGAUUUCCCAGCACCUCUCUACAGUGAUGACUACUUGUCCCUGGAGGGGCCCUGCUGGGCACCAGCCAUCAAACAGGCAGUUCGAUGGAAGUACACACCCAUGGGACGUGACUCAGCCGGCCAGCUGUGGUACACCGGCCUAACCAACUCGGACUCCCGUGAAGCCUGGUACAUGCUCCCAAGGGCCCUGGACAGCCCCUACCGAGAGGCUUAUGCCCUCUGGCAUGGAUGCUACAGCCACCGGAAGCACAGCAUGCCCUCAGCCUACACCCAGCACCUCCAGGAGACCGCCUGGUAUGACCCUAUCAUGCCCACCCAGUACAAGGCCCCCAGCACUCGGUGGGGAACCAUGCUGUGGAAAGACAGACCCAUCUGGGGCAAGGAAUAUGUGGUCAACAGGCACCAAUACGGAGUGGAACCACUGGGGCAGCUGUCAGACUACGUGCCCUACCUGUCAGCACCGCAGCGUCCGCGCUACACAGCCCAGAACUACAGGCAGUGGGACCUGGAACCCUACUGCCCAUCUACUGGCCAGCAGUCCCAACCCAUCUACAUGCCCACUGUCUGAUAAAGACCAUCCCUUUUUGGGGACACCGUGCCUUUCCUCAGGUGUCUGUCCACAUCUGGGGACUGGCGCACUGGUAGGUCAGGUAAAGGGACUUACCAGCCAAGACCCCA